UGGGCCUCCGCCAUCUUCUCCGCGCCGCUCGCCGGGCCCGCCGCCGCCAUGCCGGAGGACAGGGAUUGGGAGGCGUACAAGGUGCCGCCGACCCGCACUCCCGUCUCCGAGAGGACGACGUCGGUGCCCAACCCAGUCACCAUCUUGCAGACCGUCUUCAACUAUGUCGUCGACGCGCCCGUCACCUUCGUUCGAGAGUGGAUCGAGCGCCAGCAAGCAAAGAACAAGUUCUACUAUUACCACCAGAAGUUUCGCCGUGUGCCCGACCUGAGCGAGUGUCUGGAGGGUGACUACCUCUGCUUCUUUGAGGCCGAAGCACAGUGGAGGAGGGACAGGAUGGUUGAUCAGGAAAUCGUGGAGAUAGUUCGGGAGAGGCUAGGUGCAUGCAAGCAGAGGGAGGGACCCAACCAGUUCCAGAACUGCGCCAAGGAGGUGGAGCUGCUGGCACAGGUCACCAAGGCCUACCAGGACAGAUAUGGUGAUCUUGGUGUCCAUGGAAACGCAAGGACGUGCCUGAUGAAGCAGAAGCACAGGAUGAUGGAGGAGAGGAAGGCGCAAGCAAAUGCGUCUCAGUAGAUGUAAACAGUUAGCACCUCCCUCCAUGGCGCUUGUGUCGAAUACUGCAUGUUGCAUCUUUGAACUGCAAUGCUGUUAACCUCUACAAUAAACAUGCAGCCCAGA